CUAAAAUUAGCAAUUGAGCAAGACAAUAGGAUCUACCGUCCUAGUCAUACCCAGCCGCCGACUUGGAUAGUCGGAUUUUUACUUGCGGUAUUAUCGAGGAACAGCUCGACAAGUAACCGCAACCGCAACCGCAAGUGCGGGGUCUACAUUAUACACCUGUGCACGCUUGCCAUUUGUGGCAGUUGCCGUCAGUAGUUUAUUAUCCCUCUCCUCUUAUCAAACAAAAAAAUGCCUGAACUCGGUGAAAAACGCAAAAGAACUUUUGGAGUAGUCCACAAGUAUGGGACGAAAAAGCUUACGCACACGACCUCUUUGAUCGGACGUAAUGCUUCGAAUUCGCGAGCUCAGAUUACACCCUCUGACACCAACGAAAAUGAAUGGGCCAAUGUCGUAGAAAGUCCUUUCGUCAUGCGUAAAAGGAAGAGAACCGACGAACGUGCCAAGAAAUGGGCCGAGCUCUUACCUUUUCUCACUGAGGCGUAUAUCCAAGGCUAUGGUGUCCAGGUCCCAGUACCUCAGUCACUAAAGGCCACCGACGACGUUUUCUUGACGUGCGCGUGCAAAGAGAAGAAGUCGACCUACGUCACGACUGUUUAUAAGUGUGAUCACUUACUGCAAGAAUUGCCCCGAACAUUCGUUGCCAGUUGUCAUGAUGAGUCGUCAUCUCUUUCCUUUGACACCAUUCGAUCCGCAGCACGCCAUUCACAUUGAACAAAUGCGCAGUUUCCAUAACAUGCAUUACAUUUGCCGUGUCUCGAUCCAUGCAAUCGCUGAAUGGGCUCGAGCAGAGUAUCACUUCAAGCUUCCGAUACC